CUCGAAAAACCACCGCCCUUUUCCACCCUCUCUCCCCCGUAAAAAAAUUUCCCCAUGUCUCCCGAUGCCAUGGAGGAGACCGCGCCCCCGCCAAAGCCGUCAACGGAGUGGGUCCAUGUGACCGGAAAUCCGACCGUUGCGGAGACGCCGACUACGGUGCAUGCUACUUCCGAGGGUGCCGAUGCAUCGGAGCAGCAGCAGCAGCAGCAAUUGAGUCCGCCGACGGCGAAGCGGCGCAGAGAGGAGCGCGAGAGGACGAGGGUUAGUCGGGCGUGUGAUCGGUGUAAGAAGAAGAAGACGAGAUGCUCGGGGCGCUGUCCAUGUACGCUAUGCCUGAAAGCCGGCCUGCCCUGUGAAUUCACAGCAAUGUACACGCGCGGCCGACUACCCUCAGUCAUCGUCGACGAAGCAGCUAUGACGGCGAAUACCAGGCCCAGGGUUUCCAUGCCGGCGACAGUAUCGAUGCCAUCACCUAAGGACUUAGCGACGACGCCGUCUUUUCAAUUCCACAGGCCUCCAACGUCUCCACACCCCAAUCCGUCCAAUGCUACCAGUAGCGAUAUCUUCGCUGCUCGAGGAGGAGACAGACUCGCAGUGCCCCCGGAGGACCCAACCAGAGACUCGUCAUCCCGCACCUCCCCGGAGCCCGCGCAAACCGACCAGCAAGGCCACUACGUCGGCCCAGCCUCCGGCGUAUCCUUCCUGCUGCGGAUCCAGAAGCGUCUGCACCAGAACAGCUCUUUGUCGCACGACUCGUCCAUCUUCACCUUCGGCGACGCGCCCCUCCCAGAGUUCGACCCGACGUUCUUCGUGCUGCCGCCCAAGGCGGAUGCGCAGCGCCUGGUGGAGCGGUACUUCGACUUCGCGGCGCCGACGCACCGGUUCCUGCACCGGCCGAGCAUUGAGAGGCUGCUGAAUGAGUUCUACGAGACGCAGGGCGAUAUGCGGAAUCGCGAGGAUGCGCCGGCCAAGACGGCGCUGCUGUUGAUUGUUUUUGCGCAGGCGCAGGCGUAUAUGCCUUCGGGGACUGCGGAGCAUGAUAAUAGUGCACGGUAUUACUUCGCUUCCGAGCACCAGCUCUCCAAGGAGCGCGGAGCAGUGCGUCUGGCAAGUGUGCAAGCACGCCUCGGCCAAUGCUUCUACCUCCUUGCGCAAUCCCGCGUCAAUCACUGCUGGAGUCUGUUCGGCACCAUGGCCCAUCUCGCCUUCGCGAUAGGCCUAAAUCGCGGCAGGAGAUGCGAUCCCUCAACCACAGUAGAUUACGUAGAGCUCGAGAGCCGGCGGCGGUGCUUCUGGGUCGCGUACACGCUGGACAAAUAUCUCGCCGCCGCCCUCGGCCGACCGCGGACCUUCAAGGACGAGGAUAUCGACCAGGCAACCCAGGAACUCCCCACCGUAGUCAACGACUCGGACCUGCACUCUCACUCGCUCAGCCCCGCGCCCACAAACUCUCCCCACACCAUCCCCGUGCUCCUCGCCCCCGUCGAGCACAUAAAGCUCUCCCGCAUCGUCUCCCUCGUGCUGCGCGACCUGUACCCGAUCCGCCCGCCCAGCAUCCCCCUGCGCACCGAGCUGUCCGCAAAAUACACAAAGGACCUGCACGCCUGGCGCAGCAACCUCACCCGCUUCCUCGACGCCUCGGACCUGCCGUCGUCCCUGCUAAUCCCCAUCUACCAGCGGCAAAGGAACGUGCUGAACCUGGCGUACUACCACGCGGUCCUGCUGGUGCACCGGCCCUUCCUGCUGUCCAACUUCGCGUCGCUGACGCAGAUCGACGGCGGGCGUGCGCCCUUCGCCGGCGGCAGGAGCAUCGACACCAGCGCCGCGGUGCAGGAGUGUCUCGACGCCGCCAUGGGCAUCGUGCGCGUCGUCGAGGAGAUCGCCAGCACGCAGAUCUUCCGCGCCUUCUGGUUCACGCAGUACUACGCCUUCUGCGCCGUCGUCGUGCUGUACAUCUACCGCAUCCAGCAGGGCAUUGUCGAGCCGGGCAGAUGCGAGGGCUACUUUGCGGCGGGGCAGCGAUGCCAGGCGGUGCUGAAUUCUAUCAGCGAUGUCGACUGUCUGAGUAAGCGGUACUGUCUCGUGCUGGAGGAGUUGCGGCUGGAGGCUGCGAGCCAGGGCCAGGGCCAGGGACAACAGCAGGGCAGGGAGAGGGCUGUGGCGACGCCGUCGAGCUUGAAUUCCCCCUCUGCAGCGGCGCUGACGCAGCCGACUUCUUCCUCCUCGAUGAGCUUGUCCGUUCCGACGUCGACGCCUCAACGGGAUGCGAGUCCGGGCUUCACUAGCUCGCCGUAUUACGGGGGCACGACGAUUCCGCCGACGCCGGAGAGCGCUGUGUUUAGUACGAGUUUCCUGCCGACGAGCAGCAUCAUGGCGGAUCUGACGAGCUGGGGCCAGUUCGAUAGUCUGGUUACGGCGGGCAUCGGCAUGCUGGAUGGGGGGUAUGACGGUGGAGGUGGGCUGGGGUUCGGGCUAGGGUAAAAAGGUUUCGAAGAGCGGGUGUAGUAGCAGUGUUCCACAGGGGAUGGAGUCUCGAUGGGAUAAGGGAUUGGAGAGCGCGCGA